AUCCCUUCCCGGAGAUGUCCCUGGGCGGUGAGAAAGCCCUGGCGGAGAGCAGCUUCCCCAGCCAGACCACCCGCCUGCCGCCCCUCCCCUACGGCCACUUCUCGCCGGAGCCGGCCUCCUCCUCCUUGUCGUCAAGCGGCGCCAACAGCAGCCUGCUGUGCCCCAAGCCCCUCUUCAGCCUGGUGAGCGGCCUGGUGGGCAUGGCCAACCAAGCGCCCCCCUCCUUCCUGGAGGCAUCGAGCCAGCCCUCCCCCAGCCCGUUGGGCUCCUCACUGCAGUUCGCGCUACCCGCUGGUGGCCAAGGAUUCCUUCCAGCUGCCCAUCAUCCCGGACUUCCUGUUCCUACAGCAGCCGCCGGCGCCAG